CUUCCAUAUAAGGGGGGGGGGAAGGUGGAUGCAGCAAAGUUUAAUAGCUGGACCCAUCCUCCCCCACCCUUUUAAGUUGGCCGGCUCGUCCUCAAUACGGCCUCGGGGGGGCUGAACCACCUACAUAAAAGGGAUGGGGGGGUCGUGAAGGUACAGGUGAGCUUUACUUUUUGCCUUGCAGUAAAAGAGACUCCCAAAGGCGGCAAACGGACGGGCUUCCACACCACACCGAAAGCCUUUCUGUGGCCGGAAAGCGCCUCAGCAGGUUCGCGUCUCUCCUCCACGCCACCCCCCUUUCUCCUCCUUUAUGGGAGUUGGUAGUUUCCGUCGUUUGGGCGAGGCACCCACAGCGAGCGCUGCACCUGAGGCGCGCGGAGAGAGCGAGAGCCCAGAGAGGGGCUCGGCAGUCGGACGCAACUCGGAGAGCUUUGUGCGGGGCGCGGCUGUUCCUGAAGGAUUCGGCUGAAGUGUCCGCGGAGGGAAGAAGGGGCCGAAGCAGUGAAGGAUCCGACGGAGUUCUCGCUUCCCCCUCCUUUGCCUGCGGACCACCCCUCCCCUCCCCGCGUCUCUCAAGCCAGCGGGGUGGGAAAUGCAGACUCGGCCGGCCAUGCUGCCCUUGCUGUGGCUCUUGGGGAGCGCCUGGAUCUUAGGUAAAAAGAACUUUUAAAAGUUUUUUUUGUUUGUUUGUUUUAUAGCGCGAGCGGCGGGACCCCCUUCUACCUUGCCCCUCCACCCUCCUCUGGAGGAAACUCGUCCGGGGUCUUCUGUUUUUUUGGCGGGGGGGGGAGACAACUCGAGAGCUGAUUGGGCGAAGGGCUCGCGCUCCUUUCUCCUUCGCGCUGACCUUUUUUGUUUUGUUUUGUUUGGAGAGCUCAAAGGGGGUUUCUGUCUUCCAAAGGUUAUGGGGAUAUUUCGCAACUUGGGAAACCCACCUGUUCCAAGGUGUGGGCUUCCUGGUGAGGAAAGGGUAUAUGACUGCUAUUUUCUCUGCACCCACCCCCCUUUCACAAAAAAGAAAAUAGGGUUUCCGACAGGCAGAAAUUAACAGAGUGAAGCCUUUUUCUUAUUAUGGAAGUGAUGAGGGAAAUCGGCACCUGUUAGGUUUCUAGCUGUUUCGUAGUUGUCGAAAGAUAAGGAAGUUGGCAACUGAGAUGAUUUAUCUAUUGUAUUUGGCUCCCAUCUUUUUCUCCAAAGGGUUGCAGGUGGUGUACAGAGUUUUCUCUCUUUCUCUCCCUUCCCCACAUUUAAUUGCCACAACAACCCUGUGCGGUACGUUAGGCUUAGGGGCGGUGACCAGCCCAGGGUCUCCCAGUGAUUUGAAAUUUGGUCCUGUAGGGAGGCCAAGCAGCUUCAGUUUUCCCUAAUCUGCUUCCUGUACCUCUGGGAUGUAAAAUACAUGCCUUUUCUCUUCAGUUCCUGGGCCAACCUUCUUGGAUUGAAAAACAAAGUUGUCUUGUUGGCUCUCUUCCCGCAAGACAACAACCUUUCUCAACUUGAGGGAUUGUCUGUGUCUUUAUUUGCAUAUAGGUUUGUCUGGUUACAGCCCAAUGAUCUGCCUUGUUGACUUUGACUCCCUCAGUUUGUUGGGAGAGGAGGCUCAUUGGGAGAUUUAAAGGAACAGGGGCCAAAAUAGGACCUAGUAACCCCAUCUACGUGUUGUAGAAAGUGUCUGUGUUUUCAAGGACAGAAGGAAAGGUAAUAAUGUCCAGCAUCAGGGAAUCUUAUUGGAAUUUCAACAGUGUUUAAUAGUUGGUGGAACAUAAGAAAUCCUUGCUUGCUGAGAAAAGUACCUUAACAAGUUUCCAGCCCCAUGGGAGAUAAAAACAUUUGCUCCAGGGGAAAAGAUCAACCCAUUGGUGGCUUAAAUUUAGGCAUGCUUUUAUACCCCUUCCCCCACUAUUUGCUGGGAUUAGGUCUACCACAUGGCAGGGUGUGUGCUUUGCAUUUAAUGGCCUUCCUCCAAAGUAAACACCCAGGAAGGGACUGAUAAUUGUUUUUGCUCAAACCUUAACCCUUUUCUGUAAUCCUGGUUUCAUGACCUAGAGAGAGGGAUAGUUCUUCUGCUGCAGGUGAUGUCACUUUUGUGGUGGGUGUCUUGCUUAGAAGUCUGGACUCUACGCAGGACCAGCUUGUGGGAAAUGUGGUCAUCUCCGUUCCUCUCUUUUUCUCGGGUGAUGUCUCAUCUUGGCUGCUGUGGCAGCCAUGACACGCCUGCCGAAACUGAUCUCUGUACCAACCCACCCCCCUUCAGGCGAAACCACAGGAGCAAAUAAAAGGAAGAAAGUUGAUGCAAGCAGUGGACAGGGGUUUGCUUUUUUCGGUGAAAAGGAAAUUUGGAUUGAAAAUACUAGUGCAGUGGACAACGUAAAUAUCCUUCAGGCACCUAAUAAAAACAACCUUGAUCUGUCAGGGGUUUUUUGUGUGGCUAUUGCUGGUUUGCGGGAACUCUGUGCUUUUCUAGACUGUUUGCUACCUGAGAAGCUAAACGGAAAGCAAAUGACUAAGCGGAUAGGAGUGAAAGGGGAGCCACCUGGGAGGAGGAAAAGAGAAUGGCUAGGGUAGGGGGGGAGUUGAGAGAAAUUUGAGUGCUAGGAAAGAAGGUUGGAGUGACACAGAAUUGUGUGUGCCUUCCUCUCCCCCCCCCCCAAAAAAACCCCCUCACAAGUUGAAUUCAGUAAAUAAAGUGGUCCCUCUUGCAAUUGUAUAAUUGUUUCAUGAGUCUUCCCCCCCCCCCCCAAAUAUGGUGCUUUUGGAGCUACCAUGGCACAGACACAUAACUCUGAGGUACAUUUCCUGAUGGAUCCUCAAAUUUUUUUAUAACUACCAUCACAUCAGAGGUCACCUCUUUUUACACAGAUAUACUUGUUCUGUGAUUUUCAACUGAUUAGAUGUAAAAAUCAUGAGGAUCCGUGACUUGAGCCAAUGUUCUUUGGUACUGACAGGCACCAGAACCCCUAGUUUAUUAUGACAGGACCAGGCGUGGCCUCCCCUAUCCUUCCAUGGUUGGGCCCUGAAGAAGAGGUCAAAAAAUUAUGCUCCUGUUUUUGGUUUAUAUCUGAACCGAACAAAAUGUGUUUAACUUACUAGGAUUUGUUUACAGUAAACUAAUUUUACUUUACUACACAACCAAACUGGCUUCUUUUAACAAACCAUAGUUAACAUUAAGCGUAUUUCAGAGUUCAGAUACAACCAUAAUGGAUUAUCAUGGUGUCUGAGCACAGCCAGUACAUGAAGUAUUUAUGCAUGCCAGCUUGGCUGCAUAUGUGGAAAGGUGAAAUACUUGGGGCGGGAGACUCCUAUUGGAGUUUUGAGUUUCAGGGUUGAUUAUGAACAGUGGUUGUUGCAUGACUUGGUAAUCAGAUCAGAAGAAUUUUAUUUGCAUCAGCCACUAGCCAUAGCAAUAAAAUAAAAUAAAAUGUACUGAAGAUAGAGAAAUGUACAGAAUACAUUUUAGAGGUUUACAUCAAUAAAUAAUAGGUAGCAAUUGGUGUUGACAAGUGUUAUGAAUAAAUUAAGAAGUAGCUGUGGCCCAUCACUUCAUUUAAGUGCUAGAAUGUUGACUGGUUUGAUUGGAAGAAAAUGGAAGGUAUGUUUAUGUAGUAUUGCAAAUAGCUGCUCCCCUAAAUUAGCUGCAAGUAUGAAUGCUCUGCUGAACUGGAAAAACUGUUGUGUGGCUAAUGUACUGCAAGUAUGUCUUUGUGGAUUUGCAAGUUCCAUGUAGGCUUAUUUACAAGGCUUGGCUAAUAAGUCAGUUGGAUUACUGGGGAAGAUGAGAAUAACAUAUGCUGGGGUUAGCAGCCCAUCGAUAGGAAGUCAUUUGUUCCUUUCAGAAUGGGAAACGAUUUUCUGUAACCCAGAAGCUGCUGCAAGUUUCCCCUUCUUCAGGCUGUUUUUCAGUUACUGAUUAACCCUCCUGGUUUAGCAUGUGUAGCUCUAGUUCUGUGUUUAGAACAGAGUGAGGAACUGGCUGGUGGUGGACUAAAUUGCCUCCACCCCUUGCAGGCUGACUGCUGGGAAAGACCUCCGCUAUCUUAAUGAUGCAGUUGUGAUCGACACAUGUCAAAGUUCAAUGGAGGUUGCCAGGACUGCUGAUCAGUAGUGACUGCAACCUCCUUUGAAGAGGCACUUUCAGCACCAUUCAGCUGAUUGGUGCUGGGAGUGCAUCUUCAAAGAGGCUUGGUGUAGCCACCAAUCAGCUGAUUUAAAAAUGGAGCAUUUCCCGCUCUCUGCAGAGGAAGCAGUUUGGAUUCAGAGUGCUUCCUCCAGUGUUUUGAAUCCAAAGCGUUUCCUUUGGAGGAGAAAAAUUGCUCCCGACAUCAGGUGUAGAGCAGGUGGGGAUGAUUUGUGGGAAAUGUUUUUGCAAGUCCAAUUGAGUCCUGUGGCUGGCCAUAUUAGUGCUGGAGGUCUCCCACCUCUGGUUUAGAGAAAGUAAGCAGCUGGGUUGUGGAAGUGUCUAAAAUGCAGAGCUGGAGAAAAUGUUACUCUCAAACCUUUGUGCUUGUUUUUCGUGAAAUGUGGUACAGUAUAUAAAUACUGGAGAUAAAAUAAAGCCUGGUGAGUCAAGGAAAGAGAUCGUCUUGAGAAAGAUUCCUUGAAGACAGACUAGAAACAAAGGCUCGGGGUUAAUUUUUCUCUCUCUUUCACCCCACAAUCCUGCAUUUCUUUUUGUUUGAAAGAUGCCGAUAACAACUCUCCGGCUUUCUUUUCUAGCUGUUAGCUGGAAACAGGUUAAGGGUAUGAAUGAAGUUAAAUGCAUAAUGGUUCUCUUGCCUGUGAGAGUGCAUUUCCUCACUCUGUGCUAAUGCCAGUUCUUGUUCCCUGUUGAAGUAGUGAUAAAAACCCUUGGCUUAAUAAAUUUGCUUCUGUAUUUGUGACAGCAAAGCUUUUUAGCUCACCUCACGUGUAGAAAGAUAUAUCAGAUUCCCAGGAGGCUAGGCUGUGGGAUAUUUCCUGCCUUGUCCAUCAACAUUUGACAUGUUUAGAUGGCCAGCACUUAGUUACAGAAAAUGCUGUGUUUUCACUGAGCUUGCAAACACCAUGUCUGAUUUCCACACUUGAGACUUAAAUGUUUGUUUCCUCUUGAAAGAUGAAGCAGAGAAGCCAAACUGGCUUAACUAGGUGGUAGGGCUGACUGCAUCCCCUGAAAUGAAUUUGUUAAAAAGCAUAAGGGGCGUUUGCUAAGAGGAUAAGGCAGGAGUAUUCACAGUCCUGGAUUCUAGUGUGCAAUGGUCGUAGUAAUUGACUGUGGUGGAGAAAUAUUCCAGGAGGGAACUCUGUGGCAUUUUCCACUACUUUCCUGCUCAUUACGAUGUCGUCCUGUCUGACUGUCUGCUCUUAUCUCCAGAUCCUGCCUCUGCGAUGCAAGUCACAGUGCAGAACCCAUUCAACGUGGUCAUCCUAUUUCAACCUGUCACUCUCCAGUGCAACUACCAGACUUCGGCCACCCAACCACCUAUUGUCACGUGGAAGUACAAGUCUUACUGCCGGAGCCGCCUGGCAGAUGCCUUUAACCCCAGCGGCCAGGACAGCCAGAUCACCAACCAGCUGCAGCAGAACAACCCCGGGUACAACCCAUAUGUGGAGUGUCAGGACAACUCCAGGACGGUGCGGGUUGUAGCUACCAAGCAAGGCAAUGCAGUGACUCUUGGGGACUUCUACCAGGGCCGGCGCAUCACCAUCACCAAUAGUAAGUAAAUAGCAACAGGAGUGGUGGCAAGAACCCUAAUAGCAGCUGCUCUGUGAGGUAGGUUAGGUUGGGAAUGUUGGGGCCAAAGUCACCCAGAGAGCUUCUUGUUUGGGUGGCGAUCUGAUCCUAGAUCAAAGUCCCAUAGGCUAACUGUGGCAUCAGAUUGGCUUUCUCAAAGAAGGUAUGUAUGUAUGAAGAGAAAGCAGUGUUCUAGGUGGGCACAGGAUGAUAUAAGUUAAGAAUGUAGACAGGUCAGGAUUAUGGAAUAGAAGCCAAGAUCUGGAAGCUGGACAAAUGGAAGAUGGUUUUUUUGGAAGUGUAUUUCAGUCAGAUCUGGCUUAUCUUGGAGACAAAGGCCGUGAUCCUAAAACACUGUCGCUUAUUUGUGGCUACAGAUUCACAGCUUGGUACAGCUUCCCAGUGGCUUUAUUCUGCUGUUUGUCUUGAUUUUUUUGGUACCCAGUUCCUGCUGUCCUGUGAUUCUGUCAGUUUCACUGGUGCAGGCUGUUGUAUUUGCGGUCUUCUUGCUGUGGCUCAGAUUGCUAGGUGCCAUAGGUUCCUUUGGUGAGAACAGCAGCAUAUGCAUUCUAAAGACAAAAUAACUGUUGGGCCAGAGAGGAACAUGGCCUGAGGGUUGAAGGACUGCAUUUGGCCUGAGGUUCGCCACCCCUGGUCAAAUGUUUAGCUGUCUUCAGUGGUGCAUAAGCACUAGAAGGAUGGGGUGUAAAUUUUUAUAUAAAAUAAAAAUAUCACAGGGCUCUUGUAAUGAUUACUGGGUAACAUUAUGUGAAGUGCUUUGAACACAUAAAGCACUGUCUCACUUCUAAAGUAUUCUUUCCCCAGGCUUUCUGUUUUGAGUUUCAUGGGGCUUUUUAAAACCUACGUCUUAUCUGUAGCACAAGGAAGAAGAAAGGCAAAGUGCCAGGAUUACAACUGGGUGCGACCAGAUUCCACACCUUCCUGUGCCCCAGUUUCUCUGUUGGCUGGAGCUAGAGAACAAUAAGUUUACAAGUGCUGGAAUGAUUAGCUGUGCUUCCUGGCUAGGCAACUCCUCCCCUAGCCUAACAUACAACCGCUUAAUGUGCAGAGAGAAUUUCGGUUCUGUGAGAAAACUUAAUCCUAAAAGCCUUUGGAAAAUUGAAUUUUUGAUUAUUUGGCCUCAAGCUACAAAAGCUGAAUUUGCAGGCAGUGCAGUCCCCAGAGUUCUGUGUAGCAGCACUCUACAGGCCACACUUGAUAGAGACUGAUUUUGUCAUGUAAACUCAGUGCACGAGUUCCCAGUAAUCCAUGUUAAAGCCAAAACCAAUAGCCUAGAUAGUUGAGUUUUUGUCAACUCUUGUUGGUAACAGCCUCCCCUUCCUGGGUCUUUCUCAGCCCAGAUACUUGAGAUUAAAUGGAGGUGCCAAGAAUUCAGUGUGAGAGCAUAGAGGCAAAGAAUGCUAUGCCUCUAAGCUUCUAAAGAGAAAUUGUGGUGUUGCAACAGUAUUCACAUUAUUGUAUGUAUUAGGAGUCUUCUGUGGUGGAGAGAGAGACUGAGUGAUAGGUGCUUGAGUCACUUAACAGUUUGACAAAUCACAGGCUUCAGUGAAAAAUGUUUUGCCUGGGCUGGUAGAUUUGAACCACAAACUGCAAGCAGCAGGUACUUGAUAUGGCAGGAUUGGGGAGGGUCAGAAAUCUGAUUGUAAUUCAGGGGUCGGCAAACUAAGGUCCGCAGGCCAGAUCAGGCCCAAUCAGGAUCCGGCCUGCAGACUGUCUGUGGAUCGGCUUGGGGAUUCUGUUUGUUCAGGCUGUGCCAUUUCUCCCUGUGCCAUUCUUUUCCCCCCUCCACACACACUGUGGUGGCGCCUCCUCCCUCCCUCCUCCUGGCUUCUCCCUGCCCUACCUAGAGGAGGAAGGGGGCUGGGCUGAGCUGGCUGAGCGCCAUUUUAAGCAGCCCCUCCGGAGUCAGCCCUUUCGUGCCGCUCAUCUUCCCUCCGCCGCCACCCUGGUGCUCCUGUGGACCAGGGAGUGGAGUGGAUGAGCUCGCUCUGCCUACCCACGGGAAAAAGCAGUGGUGGUGGUUGUGGCAGCCCCAGGGAAGGUAAGCGUAGCGGCUGGGGCUGGGGUGGUGGGGAGGAGGACUACUUGCCCCCCUCGCCUCUUCGUCCAGCUCCUCCUCCCUGGUGCUGCUUCUCUGGCCCGCCACAAGGUCUGAGGGACAGUGGACCAGCCUGCGGCUAAAAAAAAUUGCCGAUCCCUGUUGUAAUUGAUGGAGCAUGGCACUGAGAUGUGUAGGGCCAAAUCUUCUAAAGUUUUUAAAAGGUCAAACCCACCACCCUUGGUUGUACAAACCCUGGAGUACGUAAGCAAUGUACUUUCUUUGUUUCGCUUGCAUUCACUCUAUGUAGGUUUUGUUCUGUAUGGAUUGAAUGUUGUUUUUUUUUUAACACCCUAAAGUAUUCUUGCAACCAGCAAAUGAACUGCUUGGGGCUCACUACGAACUACAUCUUAUCAAUCGUAAAACAAAUCUUAUCAACCCUGAAAGGGCUUUGAAUCCGGUUCUACUUCUAAACCCCAACAAUCCUGUUAACUGCUUUUUGAUGAUAUUGGUAGGUAUUGCACAACUGGAGAACAGCGCAGUUCACUGGUUGAUAGCAUGACUUCUGAAAGCAGCAAAACACUAUUCCAGGGGCAGGGAACAUGCUGGACUGCCAGCUUGCAUCCUCCCUGAGCAUUGCCCACGUUCGCUGAGGCUGCCAGGAGUUGGAAUCCUGCAGCAUCUGGAGGGGCCAGGUUCCCACAUUUCUGCUCUAAGGAGAUAGAGUGGAAGAGAGAAUGGAAGAUAGUUUUCGAAGGGGAAAAGAAUCAUACUUGAUUUUAUACCUGUCUUUUCCAGCAAGUAAAAUCUUAGAGGCAUUUUCCCUUUCUCUCUUGCAGAGAGGAGAAUGCCUUCUGUUGUUGUUUUUUUAAUUGUCUCAAAAUGACUUCCAACAGAUUAAUCAGACACCUUUUUAGUCUGAUUUAAUACUUAGUCGAGAGUGAACCCUAUUGGCUGUGGUGAGGCUUGGUUCACGCAUAACACCAAGCCAGACUAUGACUCUGCAAGAGAGUCCAUGUUUGUGGGUAACUGGAAUGAAAAUGGCAGCUGCUUUGCUCCAGCGCCAUUCCUGCUGUUGCCACGCUGGCCAGAACUAAGCCAGCUUAAUGGUUUGUCUCCUAGCAAAUUGAGAGCUGUAACCAAGGUUUGCACUUUGUAUACUGCUUAUGGUUUGCCUGAGGUUUACAGACCAUAAGCCUGGGAUUGCACGUUAUUCUAAAGCAAACCAUGAACUAGCUCUGGGAAGAAGAAGGAGGAGGAGGAGUUUGGAUUUAAUAUUCCGCUUUAUCACUACCCUAAGGAGUCUCAAAGCGGCUAACAUUCUCCUUUCCCUUCCUCCCCCACAACAAACACUCUGUGAGGUGAGCAAGGUUGAGAGACUUCAGAGAAGUGCGACUUGCCCAAGGUCACCCGGCAGCUGCAUGUGGAAGAGCGGGACGCGAACCCGAUUCACCAGAUUACGAGUCCACCACUCUUAACCACUACACCACACUGGCUCCGGAGCAGGGAAGAAGCAAAGUUUCUGCUCUGGGUACCUGCACCUUUGCUCUUCCCCUCUAAGCCAAAGAUUGUCUUAUUAUUGGGACUGUUUUCCCAGUAAGCAUGCAUAGGAUUAAGCUGUAUAUAUUGCAGCCCUAGUUCGUUUAAAAUAAAAUAAACCAAAUAAAAAUAAUUACAAAUUGGGACCAAGAACAGCAACCAUUUUGCAAUCUUUUCACUAUCUCGUUCCUGCUGUUGUGCAUCACAAAAUCAACCCCUGCUAAAUUCUGGCAAGUACUGCUGCUUUCUUUUUCUCUCUUAUGAACUCUGACAUCAGCAAAGACUUGAGAGGAGAGGCAAAACAGGAAUAAACAGCAUUUACUGUUCCAGCUGGUCAAAAGUCCAUGGCAAAAACCUACGGCUUGUGAUAACAUGUUUCAAAACAAGUGUCGAUCGCCAGAUUUGGAGUCAUCACAGGCAUGUUCUCUUUCUUGCCUCCCUGCAAACCCAUGGAAAAGAUUGCAGUGUGAUAACAGGGGUUUUUUCUCUCCUGCUACACUAAGGUCUGACUCACAUUGCAGAAAACCAAAACAACCCUUUUGGACACCUGUGCUGUUUUCCCCCUGCUGCUUAAGCUCUGCAUAGUUCUCGUCUUAGUAAUGGGCAGAGUGAAUUUAGUUGUGAAACCUUCAGCAGCACCAUAACCAGCAGUUAAAAAAAAUAAUUGCAAUGCACUUUCCAACCUCGCAGCACUUUCUAAGCACCUAAUUGCAGUUAUUUCAGGAAGCACAGAAGGUCUACUUAAAAACUUGGUGCAGCUUAGGCUGAUGUUCAGGUUCUGGAAACAAUUGGUUUGUAGAAUAUGCUGAUAUUCUGCUGAUUUGCAAGUGUUGGUGCACUCGAAACAGGGAUGGUGAAGUGGUGGCUCAAGACCUUGGUGUGGUCCUGGCCUUUGUACAGAAUUUUAAUCUUAAGAGUGAUGCAACAUUUGCUCAGUAAGGAACAGGAGAGGGUGGGGAAAGAAUACACAUGUGUAUUUGCAAAACCCAUCUAUAUAGGUUUUUAAUGGUCCCAUCCAACUCUACAAUUCUAUGAUUCUAUGUUGCUGUGCUUGAGCAUGUCCCUAGUAUCUCCUGGGCUUAUGCAGGUGGCGCUGUGGUCUAAACCGCUGAGCCUCUUGGGCUUGCCGAUCAGAAGGUCGGCGGUUCGAAUCCCCAUGAUGCAGUGAUCUCCCGUUGCUCUGUCCCAGCUCCUGUCAACCUAGCAGUUGAAAAGCACGCCAGUGCAAGUACCACUGCAGCAGGAAGGUAAAUGGCUUUUCUGUGCACUCUGGCACUCUUCACAGUGUCCUGUUGCAUCAGAAGCAGUUUAGUCAUGACCUGGAAAGCAGUUCUGUAAAAGUGAGGCCAACCCCAUCAACUCUUGUAUUGCCACUGCCGGUGUAUCUGAUAUUUGCACAUAUAUCGGUUUGCUAUGGGGAAACAUUCCUGAGUGCUGUUGCGGAACAAACCCUAUUUUAUUUAUGCAGCUGUGAACCCCUAUAGCAAGGCUGCGGGUUCCCUGCCUGAAAAGACCCAGUUUCUCAUUCCUGCAAAACAGCAGAGAUGCUGUUUGUACCAGGGGUAGUUGACAUGGUGCCCUCAGGAUGUUCUUGGACUACAGCUCCCAUCAUCCCUGACUGACAGGCAUUCUCACUGUGGCUGAUGGGAGAGAACAUCUAGAGGGCACCAUGUUGGCUAUCCCUGGUUUUUACAAUCAGAGAUAGGGAGCCGUACUUGUUGCUUCAGCAACUGCGCUAGAAUGUGUAUAUGACCAAUUUCCUUCUCCCUCACCCAAUGCUGCUUCUGUGGACUUGUUAAAGUGGAAGAAGUUGAAGGCAUAAAUUGCCACCAGGUGAGUUAGCACGUGGGGAAUAAUUGCAUGUUAUUUUGGGCUGUAUAAGGAAGUGAGGAAGUGGUUUCCCUGUGAUCUUAGGUGUUGAUGGCUUGAUCUACCCAACUAAUUGUUGUUAACCUGGCCCAGCCAGAAGCCUUGGAGCAAAUGAGAAGUACCAGAAUCCAAACCAGCUGAGAGAAAACCCUUUUCCCUGCACUUCCUUGUCUCUUUCCCUAUUUCACGCCUCCUAUAUUUUCCAGGAUUGAGUCAUUCAUUCUCCACACUGACUUUCCCUUGGAGAGCCUUGAUGGGCCAAAGCUGUCUACUUUCCAGAGAAGGGAGAAUAACUGGCCCAUGAAUUGCCACACAGCAGCACUGCAGAGUUGUGCAGAUGAGGAAAAAAUAAAUACUUGGGAGAUUCAAUACAUCCUGUGGGCUGGUCCUUGCCUGCUUGCGAUUUAAUUCUACUUCACGUUCAACCAUUUCUGCAUCCUGGUAUGACUCAAAGAAGGAAAAAAAGAGCAUCUGCUAAUAGCCCUUACCUAACCAUAGCGAGAGCAUCCAAUGCAAUGUGUUAAAAUUGUAACUUCCCUUUUAAGAAGGGAAGUAUCACCGUUGAUGGUUGGAAUUUUGUACAGGGAAUAUUUUUCCUUGAGACUUUGGGCAGAGAAUCCAGCAAAAGUCUCAAAACAACCUUUCCCCCCUCCUGCUGCUGGUGAGUGGUCCCAGCGUGAACUACCGCUGCAUUGGAUACUCCCUUCUUGUACCCUUCUACUAAAUAGAAGUGCUUACCUGCAGAACUCUUCAUCUUUGCAGACCUCCAUCCUCAGCCAGGCACAGAGAUUGGGCAGUAGUGUAGCAUAUUCAGAAGUGUAGGGUCCCUUCAUCAUGGUCACAAGCCACACCCCUUCUAAGAUUAUACAAGUUCACCAUAAUAAUAAUAAUCAUCAUCAUCAUCCUCAGAGGUACAUUGCAACAAUCAAUGCCGAUCUCCAUGUGCUCCCUUCCUGUUAGAUUUAUUUUCUAUGCACACACAUGGGCAAAUGAUUUGGUGUGCUCCAAUAUAGUGGCUUGUGCUCUACAUGAAGUUCAGUUGUGUGUAGAAGAACUUGCACACCAUUUUUUUAAAAAAACUGAAUAGCCUUGUGUUUUCGGUUUUCAUAAAUGUUUGGCUUUCGAGCAUACAGUGGCUAAGAAGCUUCCUUUUUGUGCUGAUUGGGCUGUUCUUGGAUGCUGGAGACAGGGACACUGCUGCAGAAAUAAUAUGGGUGUUCGACCCUUUAUGACCUUGGACUGCUGCUUCACUGAGUGCAAGGAGGAGAGCCGCCUUAUAUUGUGUCUCUUGUCUGUAAAAAAAGGUGUAGCAGGGACAACCCCGCCCCCCCGCCCAGUCAAGCCCUCUUGCAAGAUGUUGCUGGGCAAUUUAAUGGUGAAUUUGGAAUGUGUUUCCUAGAGAAGCCCCUCUGUCAGUUUCUGGCUUAAUCCCAGGACUUUUUCCCCUGGCAAGGUGGGGUGGCUCGCCUCUGCAAGAGAUUUCCUUUUUUACUUUUCACGUUCCUCUUGAACAAUGAGUCUUCCACCAAUUGAGAGAGGCCCAGUAUGGUUGCCUAUUUCUGAUCUCCUUGCAGCACAAAAGCUAGGAUAAGCUUUUGAAAAUAAUUCAGGCUGAAAUUGGGGCACAGCUUCUCUCUAGGGCCCAGAGCUCGCUUUCAGAGACAGGUGCUAUUCAUCACUUGUGCACAAAAUACCCCCACCUUGCUGCAGUUUCCAGUUCUUACAUAUAGGUAAAUUUCCUUAAAUGAAUGGUUGGAAAGGUAGGUAUCCGUAUGGUUUCUCUUCAUGAGCAAUGGUUUGCAGCUUCCCUACGAUGCUCAUAGAUUCCCAAGACAAAAACCAAACUGAUGGUACAGUUUAUAACCAGCGGAAGAAUAUUAUUUUUCUUUAGAACAAUAUUAUGGUUUUGUAUGUAGGAAUAUACCUUGAGAGAAGAUGCUGUGACUCUGCUUAACAUUCAUCUAUCCAAGGAGCUGACAUUUAGCAUCUGGGUUGAUACCCUUUUCUUCUUCUCUGCCUUCUUUUUCAUCCUUCUCCUCUAGAUGCUGACCUCAGCAUUGACCAGACAGCUUGGGGAGACAGUGGGGUGUACUACUGCACAGUGACUUCCAAUCAAGACUUGCAAGGCAACAACGAGGCCUACGCUGAGCUCAUUGUUUUGGGUAAGUGACAAGGCUGCUGUUGAGCACACAGGAAUCUCUCAGGACAGAUCAGGGCAGCUUAAUUGCAUGCUGUGGGAGGCUUCGUAGGGGAGGAUGCUCUCGCACAAGACUAGCUGGCCUAUUGGGUAAAUCCCCAGGAGGAAAGGAAGACCUGGAUGGUUGUCAAGCUUAGUUUGUCCUGCAAAACUGGUGCAUGUACCUUUGCUUUCCAAGUCCCACCCACUCAGAGGAAGAUAAGGUGUUUGGGUUCAUCCACAGAAGAAUGAGGUGAUGUAGUUCAUAUUGCAGGCGGUAGCUUUUAUUUUGUUGCUGCUAGCCCAGAUUUGUUGGGUUACAAAAAUACACCAAGGAGAAAAACAACACAGGAGAGAAGAGAGGUGCUGUGCUAGUUUUCACUCAGACUUUUUAAAUGUAAGGAAGCAUCCAAAAUGUUUAUCUCCCCACCUCAAUAACUCAGGGUCUGAACUGGUGCAGUCCAUUCUGUUGCCCAGGCUCUACUGCGGGGGUCGGCAACCUAAGGUCCAUGGGCCACAAGCGGCCCAUGGGGGUUGUUUAACUGGCCCAUGGACCCCCGCCGCCCACUCGGUCAGCUCCCAUGGGACCGCCUUCUGCAACACUGGCUGGCUUCCUGAAGCUCCUGCAGCCAGUGGGAAGCUGUGCAAUGCCUCCUCCAUGCCGGAAGGCGUGCCGGAAAUAGCGUUUGUGCGUGCAUGCACACACACUCUGGCCCAUGGUGGCAUCUGUGGGACUGUGAACCGGCCCAAGCCACAAAAACUUUGCUGACCUUCUCUACUGCCUUAGCCUGAUUUGUGCGCUGCACUAGCAGCCUGAGAAACCGCUUCUGGGACCCCAGCACUGUGCUUCCUGUCCUAGCACCGGCUGUAUCCAGACAGGCAUAUAAUUCCUUCUGUUUGAUUGCCUGCCAUAUCAGCCGAACUGCUUUAUGCCCAGCUUUGUUAUAGCACUGGAUCCCUCACACUCCCAACCUAUUCCACACCCUAUCUGGGACACUCAUGCGUAGACACACAAAAAUUUGCUACUCGGGUGUCCUCUUGUAGUCAGUUGUAAAUACUCUCCAAUGUGUGUGUGUGUGUUCUGGGAACAAAGCAGGGUCUCUGGACUGGAGCCAGGGUGCAGGUUGAUCUUUGUUUGCUAUGCACACAGGACUCUUUCUUUGCAAAAUCUCUGUGUGUGCGUGUGCACGUCUGUGAUACUGUACUGGAGGAACCAGUUCUAAGUGCGGGUGGAAACUGGCAUUCUGAAGUGUCCCUUUAUCGUGGGCAGUGCCGCGUCACCCUGCCCUGUAACAUUGGCCCCUGUCAUGAGGAAUUUUGUGUCCUUUGUGGAGCUUAAAAAAAUACUAUUCUUGUAUAUUGUUACUUAAGCAAAAUGCAUGGAAUUUUGCUUAUUCUACAUGUUUCUGCCUUUCUCAAUGAUUGUGUGCUACGAAGGGCACACAAGCCUUAAUGCUACCUGCUGGAAAUAUUAUUGCUUGAGUUGCCAGGGAUUGAUUUUGGGACCUUGUGUAUAUGCAGUAGUAGUUGCAGUUAAGACUGUCUUGGGUAGCAGGGCUGGGAACAACCCUUUUGUUUUGUCUGUGGACUUGGGGAAUUGUUGACGGUCGGAAAUGGAUCAGUGGUCUAACUGGGUGAAAGGCAACUUAAUAUGUUGCUUGGCCUAAUCCCACUCACCCUUUUCCUUCCAGGUCCGUUGUAGUUGGAUUUAUUUCAUAAGGCUUUGCCUGUGUACUUUUCAGGCUCCUUGUUACAUACAUUAGGACUAGAAGUUUGUUUUGUUCUUAAAAAAACAAAACCAAACACAGAUCCUUAGUGUUGAAUUUUGUGCACCAACACGCUGCUUGUGGUUGUGUGCUGUGAGCAGAUCUUCGAAGCAGAGAGGAAAUGAACAUGAAUGGACUUUCCUGCAGUGGCAGGGAUUAAAAGUGUGGCACACCAUAUCUUAUCUGUUUUGUUUAUUAACAUCUUUUGUAUACCAAGGGGGCAACGUGCCCUUGGGACCCAGUGUGAGUUUGUUUUCAAACUGCUGCUGUUCUUUUUCGUAUGUCUGCGUUCUUUAAUUUGUAUUUUGCAAUUUGUGCUGUGAUUUUUACUUAACUUUUGCACUCAUGGCUCUUGGCUAAAUGGAACCUCAAUGUCCAGAGCAAGUACCGUAUUUUUCGCUCUGUAAGACGAACCAGACCACAAGAUGCAGCUAGUUUUUGGAGGAGGAAAAUAUUCUGAAUCUCAGAAGCCAGAACAGCAAGAGGGACCGCUGCGCAGUGAAAGCAGUGAUCCCUCUUGCUAUUCUGGCUUCUGGGAUAGCUGCGCAGCCUGCAUUCGCUCCAUAAGACGCACACACAUUUCCCUUUACUUUUUAGAAGGGAAAAAGUGAGUCUUAUAGAGCAAAAAAUACAGUAUAUCUCUGUGUACUGUACAUCGAGGGCAAAAAAACAACAACAUGGGAGGGCUACUGGCUUUAUGCCCUGGUGAGCUUCUCAAAGUCUUCUGUGUGGCCAGUAUUAGAAUCAAGAUUUCAACUAGGCAGAUCGUUGGUCCUAUCCUGCAGGCUCCUGAACAACUUUCUGGCAUUGCCUGACUGCCAAGUUAACUAAUGUUCAGAUCUGUGACCUGGUUCUCGUCCCACGCAAUUAUGUUGUUUACAUCAAUCCAUUCCUCUGGGGGGCUCUAGGAGUUGUCCCACCAGAGGGAGCAGAGCAGGCAGGGAAUAUAUCGGGACGCCUCUGUGCAGGCAGCUAUUUCAUACUGUGUGUAGUAUUGUCUUGAGGUUUUCUACUCCCAAGUUGGCUAAAACUGGGAGACCUGCUUUCUUCCAGAUAGUACCCUCUCUGUGGAAUGUGUCUGCUUCCUGUCAGUUCCUGUACUCUUCUUUUUCCUCUAUUUUUUUUAUGUCAGAAACCAUAUUCCGCCCCCAUUCUCAGGAACUGCAGCAGGGUGAUGUGCCUGGCUGUGCCAGGGUUGCAUGUUCUGAAAAAAUGCCGGUUGCUUACAGCAGGGCCUGGGAAAGGAAAUAUUUUCCCAAACAUUCCACUCUGUAGGUGAGAGUGCGUGCCUGGCUUGCAGUUGCUCCAUCAGGGGGACGGAUGGGGACACACACACAAACACCUACCCACCCAGGAAUGUUAGUCCUUACCUCUCUGCCUUCUCCAUUUCCUUAAGACAAAAGCAGUGGGCUUAUCUUAGGACAAGGUAACAAUUGCAGGCUCAUCACUUCUUGACUGCAGCAUUUAAAUAAGGACUUCUCUGCAUCACAGAUAAAUCACUCCAGAUGGAAUUUCUGAUAUUACCAUUUGCCCCUCUAGGGUUCCUUUUCAGUCUGAGGGCCGCAUUUUCUCAUAAACAGCCUUCCAGGGGCCACAUACCAGCACGGCAUGCCGGAUGGGUUAGCCUUUGUACAAUGGGCUUCCUUCCAGUUGUGCAGAAGUCUCUUGUUUUCCACACACACACCUCUCCCAUCAUUCGUGCAAGUUCAGGGCAUUAUGAUAGUCGGAGGAGACAUUCUAGCCAACCAAAGCUGUUGAGGAAAGCGCAGAGCAGGGACGGCGUGGGUCUGGGGUGAGUCCCAAGGACAGAGGCCUGGAAGGGGCUGCAUUUGGCCCUAGGUUCCAAACCAGUGCUUUAGCUGGCCCAGAAGUGCCUGCCUCCAGGAGCAGCCAGCUGUAUUUAGUAACUUUCUUUUCCCUGUGUUUUUGUUUGUUCUGUAGGCAAAUCCUCCGGUGUCUCAGAGCUUUUGCCAGGCUUUCAGAUAGGGCAUAUGGAAGGUACUGGCUUUGCUUCUUUUUCCAUGCUGUCUUUCCUGGGGUUGUGAGGGGUGGGUGGAUAAUACUCCUUUGUUCUUUAAUAUGUCCUAUCCUUGAAUCUGUCGGGGUAGCAGUAGGCGUGCCUGGGUUUGGAAAGGAGGCCAAAAUGUCUGUCUCUUAGGGUACUUCUUUUGUUAACUUGCUAAUGCUGCAAAACUCUGUAGGCUUCUUUUACGUUUCUUCCAACCUCCCCCACCCACCCACCACCUACCUCUAACUGUGAUGUACAAGAGAACCUGUCUUUUCAUGUCCCUGCUGUAGAGAUGCAGGCUUAAGUGCAGUGUGCAAUUCAGGGUCCCUUGAGCCUGUAACUGAAUUAGGAGUGGUUCACACAUACAUUGGGGGUGUGCACCUAAAAAAAAAGUCAAGUGUGAAGAUAUCUGAAGGCAGCCCUAUUUAGAGAAGUUAUUAAUGACUGAUGUUUUAAUGUAUUUUUAAUCUUUUGUUGGAUACCUCCCAGAGUGCUGGGGAAACCCAGCCAGAUGGGCCGAGUAUAAAUAAUGUAUUAUUAUUAUUAUUAUUAUUAUUAUUAUUAAUGUUACCAGCAUCUGGAUUGUGCAGAAAACACAUUUGGGCAAGCUGGAACUGGCUGCAGUUUACCUGCUGAGUGUAACUUCAUAGUAAACCUUGGUGUUCAUUUGCACAUGAUAUUGUUAUGAUGAUGGUAUGCACAGGGGUUGCUGUUGUGUCUUAACACUAGCACCCUUGAUAAACUUUGUAUUGGAGUUCCCCAUUGUCCCUGAUCACUGGCCAUACUGGCUGGGGUGCUGGGAAUUGUAGUUCAAAACAUUGGGAGGGUGCCAGGUUGGUGAAGACUUGGUUAUGCAUUGUUCUGAUAUUCUUUGGCUGGAGGGCAUAAGCAAAGGGUCCCCAGCUUUGGUUUGUCAGGACUUGCUAUGGGGCUGCUGCUAUGCAAGUCCUUUCAUCCCCAGCAGCUAGUGAGAGGGAAGGGUAAACCACACUGGUAUACUACACAGAACGCAACUGCUUGCGAAGCAGAAAGGCAGUCCCCUAACACUCCAUUAGAAGUUGGUGGGAGAGCUAUACUUAAAACCAUGCUCUAGCCAGCUGAACACAACCAACUCAUCCUGGAAAACUAUCGUUAGAUGAUGAGGACUGCUGAGGCUGGCUUCAAAGCAUGAAUGAUGGACACCAGCACUUAAGAGCUUGCUGCAUUUGACAGACUUAGGUGGAGAGAUCUGUGCCAUGAGGCCUUGUCCCUCUUUGAGUUGUGGUGUGUAUGAGUUUGAAAGAGAACACGCUCCAUACUGCAAGUUCUGCGGUCUUCAUCUGUUGGGCUAAUCCCAGAUCCUGUGUUGGUAAUAUAUGGAAAUUGGUCUGCCAGUCUAGGAUCAUAUUUCAUUUUGCAGCUGUAGGGCCCUUGAGUUUAAAGAACCAUGUAUAAAAGCAGUGGAUAAAGCGCCCAAUAGAAAGAGAACGAACGAGAGGAGCAAAAAAUAUGGCACACUGAAGGCUUUCCUUCCCUGGGUGACUUGUUAGGUGUAGGUUCAGCAUUGACACUGGACUUCGGCAUCACUGACACAUGGGAGGGAUUUUGCCUCUGCAAAGCAAUCUUGGUGCAGCAGUUCUUUUGCUUAGGAAUAGCAAGAGGGGGCUGAGGGCCUGAUCCUGAUCCUUUAGGAGACAGAACGGUGCAAUGAAUGGGAUAGAUGUAGAAUGAAUGGCUAGAUUUUUAGCAGCCCUUUGGGAUCCAGGAUUCAAGAGGACCUGUUGGCAUGCACUCAGCAUUCAACAGGAUCAGUUAGGGUCUGAGAGGAGGGACUUCUGGACCUGGGCGAUGCAGGAGCUGGUGUGAGGAGGGGGCUGGAAUUGUCAGUUUGCUAAGGCUGUCGCACUGUGAGAGCUGUAUAUUAGGGCAAGGAGUGCCUGGUAUCACAACUGGCAUUCUCUUCCUUAACGGAAGCUUGUUGACUCAGUGUAGAAGCUGCCAAGAUGGCUUAGCCCUUCUCUCUAGAUGGAACUUGAUUCAUAGGCUCUGUCUCAAAAGGACUUUUCCCUCCCCACCCCCCUUUCUUCCCAGACUGGCUCUUUGUCGUCCUGGUGGUGUUAGGGUUCUUUCUGGUCUUAAUGCUCUUUGGGAUCUGCUGGUGUCAGUGCUGCCCUCACACCUGCUGCUGCUACGUCCGAUGCCCCUGCUGCUCUGAGAAGUGCUGCUGCCCUGAAGCACGUAAGUCUUGUUCUCCUCUUCCCCUGAACUGCGAGAGCAGGCAGAGCAGCUUCUGUUCUCAGAUCUGCCAUGAACCUUCUGCCUGACCCUAGGACAAGUUCUCCCAUCUUUGUGUGACUGCCCACAGGCUUAUUAUAAAACACCCUUGGAUCUGUGUCGGAGCAGUCCCUAACUUUUCCCAAGCUACCUAAUGCUGCAUUAUAUCAGCAUAUUUCUACAAGGGAAACAUGGGCAAUAUGGUAGCCAUCCUGCCUACAUUUGCCCUGAUGAAAAGCAGAGCAGGGCAAAUGUUAUCGCUGAGCCUGAAUUUGUGAUUCCCCUGAAUGUUGCUGGAGGGAUGCCCUGAACAUUUGGCUUAGAAUUCCUCUUUUCCAUCAUUAAUAUAUUGUAAUCCCUAACACAAGCAUGUCUUCAGUCUACCUUGCAGGGAAAGCUGCAACUUCAGGGGCCCCCAGUGUUUAUGCACCCACCCUCUAUGCAUCCAGUAACCAUCUGAAGCAGGGGCCCCCAGCCACUGUGAUCCCCAUGGGUCCAAUGCCUGCCAUGUACAAUGGUUAUGGGGUGGAUUACGACAGAGCCAGUUCAGGUAAGUGGCUUCUACUACCCAAAUCCUUGCUGUCUCAGAGCUAGUUCCCUGCUGGACUGAAUUGACAGUUCUAAAAGGCUUUGUGCUAGCCAAGGGCCUGACUUUUGUGAGCUCUCAUUUGGGCUUAACCCUGGUCUGCUGGGUGAUAGAGCUGGUUCCUCACUUCCUGUAACUAUUUGGGCAGCUGCUGUCUUGCUCAACAAAGUGAUAAGCACAUUCGGCUUUGGAAACAAUCAUUUAGAGGGGGAUGGUGGGCUCUCCUUCGCUGGAGUUCUUCAGGCAGAGCAGGUGGUGAGGAUCCUCUGGCUUGCGGGUCAGAUGUGGCCUUUGAGGCUGUUUCCCCCAUAUCACACCCACCUACCCACGCCUGGUGUGUGAUGUCAGGGGUCAGGCAAGUAGAGAAGUGGCUGCCAGUACACAACCAGCGGCCUUAAAGUGAUUUACUCCAGCUACAAAAUAUGAGGCUAAUGAAGAGGCCCGAGACCAUCUGGGCUGUGAGUCCUCAUACGUGCCUUGCAGGCCUUCCCCCGCCCCCUGGCCUGGGAGGGCACAGCCCGGACUGACUCCAGGUACAGAAGCUGAGGCUGCUGAAUAGACAGCUGAGUAGGGUUUAUUGAGGGGUGUUGUUGCUAUCUUUAUUUUAUAACUUACUAUGAUUUAUGUGGAAAUUGUCCAAUUAGUGUACUUCUUGAUGUUUUAUUUAUUGCUUAUGCCUCCUUUUGCCAUGUUUGUAAUUAUCUGAUUCUUAUUUUUUAUAAGCUGCCUUGCACAUUGUUUGAACCUAUGGAAAGGCAGCAUACAAAUAAAAUUAUGAAUGAAUUAAUGAUUGUGCAUUGGCAAAAGAAGGCAGGCUUCACCUUUGCCACCCAGUGACUAAUAGGAAGUAGAGCUGAAGCCUCCAGAAUUGGCUGUGUAUAGUGCUUUGAAGGCCCAGCUUUUGAGACUUCAAAGUGCCGAAUCACCUGGCAUCAGGUGCUUGACAGGCAACGCUAAGUAAAAGGGGUCUUGUUUACAGGGUACAACAAUGAGCCCCAGAACUGCAAGAAUGACCUGAUAGUGCUUGUAUAAGUUUGCAGGAUUGAGGAGUGUAGGCUUGAGCAGUCAUUCUCAUGGCUGAAUACCAAAGUUCUUUGACAAUCCUUGCUGUCUAUUUCAUUGCAGUUGGUGGGAACAGCUCCCAGGUGCCCCUCCUGAGGGAUACAGAUAGUAUUGCAAAUGCUGGUAAGAAACAUGUGUAUUGGGGAUAGAAGCAGAACUGUCUGCUUGGACCUUCAUUGAGGGGCAUAUAAAAAUGAAGUAGUGACAGCAGGCAACCUUUUGGGUGGGCAAGUGCUUCACCAUUGGCUGAACUAACCUGCUUCAUUGUGGGGGAGCUGCUUAUGAGCUCACAUGGGGAAUUAUGCUUUUGUGUGAUCCAUCUGUUUGUAUUUGCAAGCAACUGAGGUUGAAAGCUUAUAGGGUGUGGGGAGAGGGAUAUUGAGGGCUAAUGCUUCCCUCUGCUGCACAGAAGCAGAAUUGCUUGCUAAUUAAUAAAGAUAGAGCAGGAAAUUGUUCAUGUAGUGAGUUUGCUUAGGAUUUCCUUCUCACCUUCCAGAUGCACACUUCUCAGGAUAGUAUGAGAGGAUACCGCAUAGGCUUCUGAGAUAUUGUCCUGUUUAGUGCCCAGGAAGGGCACUUGCAAGAUCCUGGGCAGCUCCUUGCUACCUCUUCUGUGCUGAGCAGGGCCAGCAAUGGUGCUACUUGGAGGAAUAGCACCUCACCCCCCACCAAAGUAUCUUAACUGGGAAGAGUUCAAUUCCCCCAGUGGGCCAUUGCUGACCAUAUUGGGUGGACAAGUUCCUAUAUAGAAUCUUCAAGUUCCCGAAAUGCAAAUAUGUGGCCAGAAAAGAAAGCUAAAAAUGCAGCAGCAGCAAAAACAAGCCAGAAAAUGGAAAGACCGGCAGAAAGUGGACAGGUUUUUAAAACUCCUGCUUGGAACAGAGGUGGCAAAAGAACAUAGGCAGGGUGCUGUUGCCCUCUUUGUACUGAUACUCAGUUCUGUAGCACACCUAGUUUGAGCUGUUGCUCGGACUGUGUGUUCCAAACAUAGCUGUGCUGAAUACUUGCUGCUGCAUGGUUUAGGGUCACAGUGCCACAGAUUAAUAAUAAUAAUAAUAAUAAUAAUAAUAAAUUUUAUUUAUAUCCCGCCCUCCCCAGCCGAAGCCGGGCUCAGGGCGGCCAACAACAAUAAAACAGUACAAAAGUACAGCAUAAACAACACUCUAAAAUCAUUCAUUAUAAAAUUAAUUAAUUCAAGCCACUGGCAACCAUUGGGCCAGAGCUCCGCGAAGAUUGCCGAGGGAGGGAGUCAGGCUAUCCUGCCAUUUGCACUUAGAAAGCCUUGGAAAGGGAUUCAUGGAGACAACGACUGCCUCUUGGGGAGAAACGUCAUGCUCAGCAGAGGCGAGAAUUUUCCAGGCUGUGUUGGGAGGACCUUUCCCAUCAUGCAGAGAAAUGUGCCCUUGUUCACAGAGUGCCUGUUGCAUCCUGGAGGUUCCUCCUUUAUUUUUAAAUCUGCUGAAGCAGGUGAUGAGGUUGUCGUUUAUUCUCCCACUUUCCUGCCCCCUGCCCCUUCAUCUACUGUAGGCUGUGCAGGCAGGUUGGGGGACAGCUACAGAUCAAAAGACUGGGAGAGGCAGGGUGCAGGAGAAGGGACACCUAUUGCCUCUUUCCAAUUCAGAGCUGCAUUUUCUUAGUGGUGGGCAAAUCCCUUGGUUGUAGCCCUGUUUGCUGCGUUUUGUCCCAUGGAAGAUAUUUGGCUCCCUGCAAAUGGGGAAAUGGGCCUCUGUCCUAAAGCCUGCUCCUGAUGUCUCUUCCCCAGCUGUGCGCAGCGGCUACCGCAUCCAAGCCAACCAGCAGGAUGACUCCAUGCGGGUGCUCUACUAUAUGGAGAAGGAGCUGGCCAACUUUGACCCCACCCGCCCAGGCCAGCCUAAUGGGAGGCUUGAGAAAGGUACUUUGGUUGGGUCCUUCUUUAUGUGUGGAAGCACACCACGGGGCUCCCCAAGAGCAGCUCUCAGGGACAGCUGUUUUUUAGGAGAGCAUGAUAACUAGCUGAUGACUCAUUUGCAGCCUAGAAGCUUUUGACCCUCUCUUGCACUUACUUUCCAGCCUCUGUGAUGAGCGAACUGAGCUCUCUGCAUGAGGACGAUCGGCGCUACGAACUGCGGCAGGGGCUGGGGCGGCUGCGCGGCCAGGCCAUGUCUCCCAUCAGUGAUGUAGAAGAGGAGAGCAUGCGGAGCAGCGAGACCAGGCGCUUGCUACCCCCCUUGCGGCGCGGCCACUACGAGGACCCUCCGUCGCGAGGCCAUGGCCGGCGGCCCCGAUCCCGCUCGGUGGAUGCUCUGGAUGAUCUGGACCGGGACCCUUAUCCAGACCGGCCCAGGAGCCGCGGCCGACGUGGCUCCGAUGAUGACGAGUGGCACCGCCGCGACUAUUCCCCAGACUCCCGCGACGACUAUGACCGCUACGGCGGACGGCGCAGCCGGAGCAGGGAUGACCUGAGGGACCUGGACCGAUCGCACUACGAUGACCGGAUCUUGCAGGAAGCGCUGCGGCGGAAGCAGAAAGCGGCCGGCCGUGAGGACCGGGAUCAUGCCAGUACAUCAAGUGGGAGGCCCGGCAACAGGAGAAACGGAGAUGACGAUAGCAAUGGGUUCCCGCCGCCGCCACCACCUCCGUACACAGAGACAGAGUCUGUUUCUUCCCGUGGCAAGAAUGACCGCAAGCUCCGGAGGGUGAGUAGGGGGGUAGGGAGAGAACACUGCCAACAUGGUGCAUGAUAGAAUUGCCUUGGAGUUUCAGGUGAAACAUGGCCUUCAGUUGACUGCUGGAUCCUUUUACGUUGCUAGCGAAGUGGAGGAAUGAGGCCCUCAAGGUCGAUUCUUUUCUUUCUCCUGAGGAGGUUGAGCUGCUGUUGGAAGAAGGGGUUCAACAGAGGAGAUGUUCCAGGGUAGGAGUGGGUAUCUUCAGGUGUUGCGGGACUCCCAGUUUCCAUCCACACUAGCAUAGCCUGUCUUCAGGUAUUAUGGGAAUUGGAGUCUAGUAAUGUCUAGGGAGGCCACAGUCUCCCCACGCUUGUUCUUGGGGCUGACCCAAAUCGAAGACCCAGCGUUGUACUGAUAAGAGCAACUGAAGUGAUCGGGGUGGUUCAGUCAGCUUUAUAAAGGUAAAGGUAAAGGGACCCCUGACCAUUAGGUCCAGUUGUGGCCGACUCUGGGGUUGUAGUGCUCAUCUGGCUUUAUUGGCCGAGGGAGCCGGUGUACAGCUUCCGGGUCAUGUGGCCAGCAUGACUAAGCCGCUACUUGCAAACCAGAGCAGCACACAGAAACACUGUUUACCUUCCCGCCGGAGCGGCACCUAUUUAUCUACUUGCACUUUGACGUGCUUUCGAACUGCUAGGUUGGCAGGAGCAGGGACCGAGCAACAGGAGCUCACCCCGUCGAGGGGAUUCGAACCCCCGACCUUCUGAUCGGCAAGUCCUAGGCUCUGUGGUUUAACCCACAGCGCCACCUGUGUCCCAGUCAGCUUUAUAGGGGAAGAUUAUCCAGCAGCUAGGGCUUUUUAGGAUCUGCUAUGGGAAUGUUGCUUAAAGGAAGACCAAAACUAGCUUUCUGGUUAGUGGCUCCAAGAUAGUAGAAUUGGAGACCCACCAGUAUCUGUCUUUAUUACUGAGGCUCAGGAAGAUGUGCAAAGGUGUUUUAGGGGGCCCGUGUUUGGAUCUUGGUCAAUAAAAGCGUGUGUGUCUUCUAUUUGUGGUGUUUUUGUUACAUCUUGUGGUGUUAACAGCCUUGGGUUGUUCUAAAGAUCUGGUGAGAUAUAAAUGUCUUAAAUUGUAUUACUAAAGCUUGACUUUCUUUUUGCCCUACAGAAUCAUGCUGUCAGCAGGGAAAGUUUGGUGGUUUAACCCUUUCCAUACCUCUGCCUUGGGUGGAUGAGAGAAGUCCUGUGCCUUGGACAGCUACAGCAACUGUGUCUUGGCUUGUUGAUAUGAGCUUUAUUCACCUGGAGUCUAUAAAGUGGAGCAAGUGGAGCUUUCGUGUAUGCCCAGCUGACAACAGGGACUGGUCGACUGGACAAAACUUGAGAAACAGACUUCUUGGUGCCUUAGGUUUAACUUCAUUGCAUAUCAGCUGAGAAUCUUAAGGAAUUUGCACUGCAGGAGAACUUUUAAGCUCCUUUUUGGGUGCUCCUUUUAAAUUUCAGGCCUAGUUUUAUUUUUUACGUAGUGUUCAGGAGGGCACUUGAACACGAUCCUACAGUACUGUACUGGAAACGGAAACCAGUGGUCUUAUUCUGCCAAAAGUAGAUCUUCCUCUCCCUUUACCUUUUUGAAUAAUUUUGAAGACGAUUCCAGAGAGAAUCUACCGGAACUAAAUUUUCCGCAUAGGUUUUUGAAGUGCUUCAAACACAUUUUUUCUUUUCAUUUUAUUUUUUAUUCCAUAAAAUUUAUGUACUGCUUGAUUGUAAAAAACAAACAAACAACCUCAAAAGCGGUUUAUGAAAGUGGUUUAUACAUGAGUUGUGUGAUUUUGUGCGUGGAAGAUUUUUUCCCUUUGUAAACAAAGUAUAGACUGCCAGUGCUGUAAAUAUUCUAAGGCAGGCGUGGGAAACCUGUGGCCUCCCAGAUGUUGUUGGACUACAAAUUCCAUCACCCCCGACCAUUUGCUGCAGUGGCUGGGGCUGACAGGAGUCUUAACAACAGCGGCAUCACUACAGGCUCCCAACCCUUGUUUCUAGAGUGCAAAGAGCUUAUAAUUUUGUUGAGAUUGCUGUUUUAUAGAAAUGAAAAUAAAACGAGUAGGAUUGAAUUCUUGACUAGGAUGUGAUGUUGGAAAAGGGUGGGUGAAAAACAUCCCUCUUACUAGCUUUUCUGUAUUAUUAUUUUUUAAUUAUUAUUCUGAGGUGGGUUUCUUUUUUAAAAAAAGCACAUGUAGAGCAUUUUAGAGGGGAGUUAAAGCAGCUGUGAAGUUAGUUGCGUAAAUGUUCAUGUUUGUGCAAGUAGGCCACCACUAAUUAAAGGCUGAACAUAACAGCAUAAAUAAAGGGUCAUGCAAUGUUGAAUACUACAGCUUUCUCCCCCUCCUCCUAACAAAAUGGUGAGUUCUAUGCCUGUAGUGCUGAGAAUUCUAUCUUUUGCCUUGACAUUUUCCAUUUUAGAGACCACAGUAUUAAGUUGUUCUAAGGCAACUGUUUGCUGCAAACUGUGUUUCCAACGUCCUAUGGAAUAUCCUCUGCCAGUGGUAGCAGUGACAUUUAAGCCGGUUUGAGGAUGGUGUAAAGUUUGUAAUGGACACCCAUGUUAGGAACUUGUAAAAAUUUGCCAUAGGAGAAGCCUUGAG